CCGUUUUCCGUUUCCUCUGCCGCGGGCGCGCGGCGUUGGCUCGAUUUGGCUGAUGUUGCGGGCUGGCUGGCUGGCUGGCCGUCGUGUCUGCUGCCACUUUUGCUUGAAUUUGCUGACCUACGCCCUGCCAUUAUGCCAUGCCAUCUCCGAUGAUCGAUGUAAUGGAUGAAUGCUCUCCGUCCGGAGUCCGCGGGGCGGCCACCACACCCACCCACUUCUCUUUCAUGCGCCCCAAUCUCCCCACCUACGCCGCAUUAAUCUCUCCUUUGUCCCCUUGCCCUCCUCUUCCACCAUCGCCACCAAGCACACAACCACAACCACAACCACAACCACAACCGCAACCUUCGUACGCCGUGCCUGUCGCCAUCGCCAUCGCCCUUACCGUCGCCUCCACCGGACACACGACGCAGCACCCAUCACCGCCCUCAUCUCGGCUAAGCAGGUACACGCGCGCAGUUCGUGCGCCCAGCGCAAGAAAAAAACUCAAAAAAGGCCGCGCUUACGUGCCUAUGGACGUGAGUGUGUGUGUGGGUGCGGAGCGAUGCUUGGACGGGCGAGGACGCGGUGACACGCGGCGCGGGCGUCCGUUCUGUCUCGGUGGGUGAGGCCGCAGCACGCGGUGCGACACUGGCCACGCCUCGUGUGCGUGCCGAUGUGUUUGGUGUCGCAAACUGGUUGGGGGCGUGCUACCGCUGCUAGUUACAUGACUAGGUGGUGAGUCGAGAGAGGAUUCAUGAUGGCUCGUAUUCGUAGGUACAGGCGGAGAGGAGCAAAAGGCAAAAUGGACAGGGUUACGCAAGGCGGGUAAGGUUAUUUUAAGCAGCACAUGGCAUCUACAUACGUCCGUAGGAUUGGGUGACGUCGCCGAGAAACGACCUUAAAUGAAUAUGUCUAUAUUGAAGCACUGGCAGAAAGAUGACCCUCUACGAGGCGGGCCGAA